GGAGGGCCAGGGCUAUAUACUCUCCACUAACUGUACAUCCGGACAGAGAGUCGCGCUUCUAGUGCUACAGAGUAUUAGAAGACAGCUGUUGGAGUUUCUACUGGGGAUAAACUGGUUCCUGAUAUUCCUUAAAGAACCAUUUUUCUGAUGGUGCCGGUUCAGUGUGUGUUAUAUUUUGGUACUUCUCUCUGGAAUAACUCCAAACGAUGAGUACCAUGUCUGUGGACGAUACUGAUUUAAUUGCCAAGAUCGGACGAAAGAGGUAUCGUCGCCGAUUAGAGCGUGAGCGGUACUACACCCAGGCAGUGGAACUGCCUUCUGCAACGUGCAACACUUCCAACAUGGCCUCCACCACGUCGGGGGGGAAACUAGCUCAGGAGAUCCAUGACGAAUUUCUCACCUGUAAAAUCUGUCUAGAAGGUUUCAAGUCACCAAAAUGCCUCGACUGCCUGCACACCUUCUGUGAGCAAUGUAUCGACAACCAUGUGAUGUCAGAAUGCACCUACAAGAAAUACAGCGACUAUAGGGAGUUCACCUGCCCUCUCUGUCGGAAACGAACCCAACUCCCGAUAGGGGGCGUGAAGAAACUACCGGACAACUUCCUGGUUUCGAAUCUUGGCGAGACAAUCUCCAGGCAACGACCGUCCAAGUUCCCAUUCUGCGACAUCUGCAAGCUGGUGAACCGGAAGCACAGAGAAGCUACCUCGAAAUGUCUGGAUUGUAACAAACUUCUGUGUAAGCAGUGCGUGGACCUACACAAGGAGACGAAGGUGACGAAAAGCCACAGUUUAUUUGACGUGGAGAUUGAGAAGGACAUUGAAUGCAAGGAGCACAAGGACGAGGUAGUUCGUUUCUACUGCGAGCCCUGCGAGGCGUGUAUCUGUGUUCUGUGCACAUUUAACGAACACAAGGAUCACGACAUAUCCCAGUUCUCGGACGCAGUCCUUAAGUACAAGGAAGCCAUACAGAGCCUCCUCAACAGCUGCAAGGGCAGGAUCGACGUCUACGACGCUCAGUUGACCCUCCUCAGUAAAUGCGAAAGCGUCAUCAAGGCCGCUGAACAAAAGAUUCGAGAUGUUGCGAUCCAGUUCAUCAGUGAGAUACGGAACAAGGAGAAGGUGCUGAUUGAUGAUCUGCAUACGCUGUACGGCAAGGAACUCAUGGAGUAUGUAGCCAGGAGGUCGGAGAUGCAGGCAAACCUCGAUGGCUUAAAGAGCACCUGCAAUCUCACCGAGCUGGUGCUGAAAGGCAAGGACAUUGAACUGCUUCUCCUCAAGAAGCAGGUGCAGGAAAAGCUGUCCUGUUUGUCUGACAUCGAGAUCAAGGAUCUGCCCAAAACGGUCAACAAGGUCGUGAACUUUAACCCCGGAACCUUGGAUAUAGGCGUGCUGGAGGAUACCGAGAAUGCAAAUCAGAAAAUAACGCCAGGGAAGAAUCGCACUGGAAAGACAGAUCUGCACAUCAAGACGACAGAGACACAGACUGAUGCGCCUGUCAAGGUACAAAUGUGCAACAGAUGUCUACAGACGGACAUAGUUCAGGCUGAGCCAUCUCCAACCAUUGACAAGUACAUAGCCACGGAUUCUAUCGACACAUCGGAGAAAGCCGUCAACACGAGAUCUCGUAUUUCCAGCCACGUGAGGGAAGACACGCCCCCGGAAGUGGCGUCGCCAGAACCGACGUCGUCUCCCGUCCCCCGGAGACAUCGCCGUCGCAGGGAACGCCCUCGUCCCGUGGAGGUAUCGGUGAGGCCGACAACCAACUCUCCCGAUUUCACGACACUGUCAUACAGCAGCAGUAUCGACGACAGCUUCUACGACGCCUCGAGCAACAGCAACAGCAACAACGUGACAUCGUCGCCUGUGUAGGCCAAACAAGCAACGCAAGUUACACAAAGAAAAAUGUAUCCAGUUAAACACUCCAACUUUACGUUUCGAACACGCUAUUGUUUCGAAGUGGUCACGUGGUACAUCAUGUGACCACAGUCACUUGGUGAACUGUUGAAGCUGUGUGAAAGUUCGAGUUAAGCGUACCAUGUCUAGAAUGGUGUGUUGUAUCUGUGAAAUGUUUCGUGUCAGAGUGAUUGAAGCAACUGGCAAGCAACAUAUCAACCCGUGUAUAUAUGUAUGUAGUGACGUGUAUUUGUAUCUAUACGUCUAAGUUAUCUUAAUUUAUUCAUUCAGUAUUAUCAUAACUAUUUCGAACUAUGUAUGUCACUAUCACAACGUUGAAAUGAACCACAAAUUUGAAGAGGUUCCAAUGAAACGGACACUUACGGAAAAAAAACAGUCCAGAAAUAUCUUCUGGCGUGUGUUCGGAUGCGCACCACGGAUAGACGACCAGUUUUCGUUGUUUUUAUGUAUUUUGUUUGCUGCAGGUUCAUUUAGUGCUCUGUGCAUACGGAAUCAAAAGAAAUGAGGUCAGAAUUAAUUUAAAUGUACUCUUAAACAGAACGAAUACGUUCAAAAACGACUCUUUAUAUUGACCAGUGGCUGUGGUCUGUGUUACGUCAACAUGACGUCAGAUAAAAGUACUGACAAACGUCGCCAAGUAUAUGACGUCACGUUAUACGUUAUAUAACGUUAUGGGGGACAUUUUGUAUUGAUGUAUGAUAUAACCGUGUUAGGAUGACGUCAUCAUGACGUAAGAUUCGUUGAUAGAGAUCACUGGGGAAUGUUUGCCGCGUUGCUGCUGUGACGUAAGGGAAACUACUAAGACUGACGUCAUGGUAUUAUGUGAUAGUUCAAAAGAUGUUUAUUCCUUUUGAGAUGUCAGACAUUACCUCCUUGAGACUGGAGACAGGGAUGCCUGUACACCAUAUCUCCUCCUUCCAUAGUCCACAAUGUUCGUUUUACAAUCAAAUCUAUAUUUUGAUUAAAAAAACAGUAUGUUCAUUAGUAACAUCACUUUUCUUUCAUUUGAGUAAACUACCGAAAGCAAAAAUAUUUUCAUGAGUGAUCAGGUUUUCAAAAAAAUAGUAAGUUUAUGAUAAAAUGCUACAGUCCUCUGUUUGAAUACCCCUGCAGAGUGAGAAGUGACUGACCAAAGGCGUGAGACUGAACGUGUGUCAAAUAAACAUGAUGCUGUGAUGUAGCCUA